AUGGCGCAGCGCGGGGAGCGCCCGCGGCCUCCCGGGCGCGGCCCGGCCCGGCCCUAUAAGCCCUCGCAGGCUCCGCCUCCGCAGGCUGCGACCCCGCGGCGGCUGCCUGGCUACUCGCUCGCUCCCCGCCAGCGCCCGGCCAUUGGCUUCGUGCGGCGCCGCCGCCGCGCCGGGCCCGCCCUGGAUCCCGGUAGGGCCUGGCGGAGGCGCGGAGCGGUUGGGGGAGAAAAUCUUGGAAUAUCUGAAGUCCAUAUGGCUAUGUAUGAUGAAGAUAUCUUGAAAAAUCCCUUUUAUUUGGCCAUUCAGAAGCGGCGUCCUGAUCUAUGCAGCAAAGUUGCAGAACUCCAUGGUAUUGUCCUAGUUCCAUGCAAAGGGAGCCUUUCAAGCAGCAGUCUGCCCGCCUGCCAGUUUGAAUCAUAUGUUCUGAAGCCGCUAGAAGAAAACUUUCAGACCUUAAAUGGAAAGGAGAUCUUCAUACAAGGAAACCUCAUCAUUUUAGGAACUGGUUUUAAUUACCACCUCUCAGUACCUGUUCUUUUUGAGGAAACAUUUUACAAUGAAAAAGAAGAAAGCUUUAGUAUAUUGUGCAUAGCUCAUCCAUUGGAAGAAACAGAAAGCUCAAGUGAAUCUACAGCUUCAUCAAACUCCUAUUGUCUUAAAAACAUUGAAGAUGUUAGAGAAUUCUUGGGAAGGCACUGUGAGAGAUUUGAUAAAUACAUAGGAUCUUUCUAUAGAACAUUUAAAGAACACGAAAGGAAAAGCCUCCGCCACUACAUAGAUUCUGUCAAUGCACUUUAUACCAAAUGUCUCCAGCAUCUUUUGAGAGAUUCACACUUGAAGAUGCUUGCAAAGCAAGAAGAGCAGAUGAAUCUGAUUAAACAAGCAGUUGAAAUGUAUAUCCACCAUGCUAUUUAUGAUCUAGUCUUUAAAUAUGUGGGGACUAUUGAGGCAAGUGAGGAUGCUGCUUUUAACAAAAUCACGAGGAGCCUUCAAGACCUGCAGCAAAAAGACAUUGGAGUAAAGCCUGAGUUCAGUUUUAAUAUACCACGUGCAAAGCGAGAACUGGGUCAGUUGAACAAAUGUACUUCCCCUCAACAGAAGCUACUUUGUCUGCGGAAAGUGGUACAAAUUAUUAUGCAAUCUCCUAGCCAAAGAGUUAACAUGGAAACCAUGUGUGCAGAUGAUCUUCUCUCUGUUUUGCUGUAUUUGCUUGUAAAAACAGAAAUCCCAAACUGGAUGGCCAACUUGAGUUACAUUAAGAACUUCAGGCUUUGCAGUUCAGUGAAGGAUGAAUUGGGAUACUGUCUAACCUCAAUUGAGGCUGCAAUAGAAUACAUACGACAAGGCAACCUCUCUGACAGAUCAACAGAAUCUGAGAGACUGUGUGACAAGCUGCUUUUAAGACAAAGGAUGAACUUAUCCCAGAUGUCUGCUACUCCAAUAGACUGCUUAUUUAAGCAUAUUGCUUCGGGUAAUCAGGAGGAAGUGGAGCGAUUACUAAGUCAAGGUGACAGUGAUAAGGACACUGUACAGAAAAUGUGUCACCCGCUCUGUUACUGCGACAAAUGUGAGAAACUAGUUUCUGGGAAACUGAAUGAUCCUUCCAUUAUCACUCCCUUUUCCCGAGAUGACCGAGGAUACACACCACUUCAUAUAGCUGCUAUUUGUGGGCAAGCAGCAUUCGUGGAUUUACUAGUAGCCAAAGGAGCUGUUGUCAAUGCUACGGAUUACCACGGUUCAACUCCGCUUCAUCUUGCCUGUCAGAAGGGAUAUCAGAAUGUUACGCUUCUCUUGUUGCACUAUAAGGCAAGUGCUGAUGUUCAGGACAAUAAUGGAAAUACUCCACUUCAUUUAGCCUGCACUUACGGUCAUGAGGAUUGCGUCAAAGCUUUAGUCUACUAUGAUGUGCAUUCCUGCAGGCUAGAUAUUGGUAAUGAAAAGGGAGAUACUCCUCUUCAUAUAGCUGCUCGGUGGGGCUAUCAAGGGAUCAUAGAAGUGCUUUUGCAAAAUGGGGCAAAUCCAGAAAUUCAAAACCGCAUGAAAGAGACUUCCCUACAGUGUGCAUUGAAUUCCAAGAUUUUGUCAUUGAUGGAACUAAACUAUCUAGCGUUUGAAAGAGGACAGUGCGCUUCCGAGUCACCGCUUAGGUCUCCUCAGCUCUCAGCAGAAACCUUCAGCAGAGGGUCGUCUGUCUCAAGCCUGUCAUCAGCAUCAACUGAAAUUAGGCAAGAAGAAGUAAAAAGCAGUUAUAAAGAGGUGGAAAAACUCCUAAGAGCAGUUGCUGAUGGAGAUCUGGAAAUGGUACGUUAUCUCUUGGAAUGGAUGGAAGAAGAUUUAGAAGAUGAGGACGACACAGUCAGUAUAUCGAAACCGGAAUUCUGCCAUCCAUUAUGCCAGUGCUCAAAAUGUGGGCCAGCACAAAAGAAGUUUGGAAGGAUCUCUGCUAACGGGCUUGGAGUCAAUGUUUCAAACCAAGAUGGUUUUACGCCGUUGCACAUGGCUGCGCUGCACGGGCACUCGGAGCUCGUCUCGCUCUUGCUGAGGCACGGAGCCCGCAUCAGUGCCAGGAACGCAAAACACGCCGUUCCUCUUCAUCUGGCCUGCCAGAAAGGUCACUUCCAGGUGGUAAAGUGUCUGAUGGAUUAUAAUGCUAAACAAAAUAAAAAGGAUAUAUAUGGGAAUACUCCUUUAAUUUAUGCAUGCUUGAAUGGUCAGUAUGAGACUACUGCCUUGUUGUUACAGCAUGGAGCUGCCGUUAACCUGUGCAAUGCCAAGGGGAACACAGCGCUGCACGAGGCGGUGCUGGGGAGGCACGAGGCGCUGGUGGAGCUGCUGCUGCGCAGCGGCGCGGUGCCGCACGUCAGGAACCACAGGAACUGCACCCCGGCCGACUGUGCUGAGCCCGUGAGUGCGCAGAGCUCGUUUCUAAACUUCCACAUGCACAACCCGGGAAAGAAGGCAAAUAAUUCAAAUAUCAUUAAGUUGCUGGAAACAGCACCCAGCUGUGCGCCUACAGCAGCAGAGAGAGGGAAGGAGUGUGAGCAGCACGCUACUAUCAAGAUAAGAAGAAAAGUGAAUUCUAAGCCAUGUGAGAAAGCCGAUGAUCCCAUAAGCAGACAACUUCAACUGGUCCAAUCAAUUAACAGAUUUAACAAAGCAAAACAUUUACGGAGAACAAUAACAAGAGAUAAAAGUGUCCCUAAUUUUGACUAUCAGUUAUUGCAUCAGUUAGCUAUUAAAAGCUUUGAUAAAACCAAGUUAAAAUCUGUUGAAACGCUGGACCAGAGCAAAGUUAAGGUUGACACAGGAUGCAGUGGUGAGUUUGUGAAGCACGACGACGUGAUGGAAGUUCCUCACAGGAGUAAAUUAAUGCACAGAAGACACACUGUUAAUGUGCCUCUUUCAGCAGAGAACGUCGGCGAUAAUAUUUUAUCCAGCCCUAGAAAUCCAAGUAUUUCACAGUCAAGAGACUGCUGCGAUGACUUGCUUUCAAAACAUUGACAAGGGAAGUACAAAUUUGGUGUCAAAAGCUGGGGAAGGAGGUGGUGGUAAUUUUCAAUAACCCUUCACUAUAUAUCGGAGAAUUCAGUUGACACGUGCAAGUCACAGCGUGGAACACGGGGCGACUCUUCAGCAGAAACAGAAUGUUCUGGCGCUUUCAAAGACCGAAUCCUGUUUAUGUUGGAGGUAACUGCAUAGCUGGAUCAUUCCUGAUCUCACCAAACAGGGACGUACCGAGAUGUUGGCAGCAAAAUUACUUUCCUAUUUUACUUAGCACUUACUAAAAAACUAUAUGUAACAGUAAACCAAAUGAAACCCCGUAUUGUAUUUUUCAGCCACCCGCUUUGUUUUUAAAAGUCUUUGAAUAAUUUUUGCUUUUUCAGUUUUUAUCACUACAUUGGAUAAGUAUAUAAAUAUAUAUAUUUAUAUAUAUAUAAAGAUAUAUUGGAUAACAAGGUAUUUAUUGCCAGAGGUAAUUGAAAUGUCUCUAUUUUUAUUGUAAUGUUACAAACAAUUAUAGUAUAUAUUUCUGUAUAUUUCAGUAGCUGGGAAAACAAUAGUCCAUAACACGUGUGACGCUGCAUUAGAAAUGUAUACAUGCUAUUAAUGUGAAGGGAUAUAAUACUUGCUAAUGCCUUUGCAAUGCUCCCCUGUAUUGGAUCUGCAAGAGCAAGUUCUUAUACAGGAGCCAAAAUACUGGGGAAAAAGUACAGGGCCCUUGACAAAGCUGGGCUUUGGACUCGCUGGUCACAGCUUAAUUUAAAAAUAAAGGCAGAAGCAAGCAUGUAUAAGGAUACACCAAAUUGUUUUAAGUUGGCAUAUGGGGUUUUUUUCCCCUGUCUAAAGCAAGUAAUGCAAAAAUGCACAAAUAUUCACGAUUCUGAACCUGGGCAGCAUCUGCAGACAAAUCUGCUUAGGAGCCGGUUCUGGACUUCUCUUUAAAAAGGUGAAAUUCCAAUUAUUCCAAUUAUCCAAUCUCCCAUGGGUAAGCAUUUGUUGCAAUAGGCCAAAUAUUCCUAGAGGUGAUCACUGAAGAACUGAAAGUUUGCAGGUUACUAUGAGAUGGCUGCUUAGAUUUCAGACUUCAUUUUCUACUGUUCCAGUUGCGGUAAGAGAAGCGGAAAUAGCACAAGCCAGGUUUCUAAGUGCAGGAUUCUUUAUUCUUGGCUCAUCACAUCCAGCUUGCAUUUUAUUUCCUAAACUAUUAGUAUGAAUAAUUGUAUUUCUUUUAACUGUGGUAUUAGGAAGCUGCUUGGCAAAGUAAAAAGCUGGAAUACAUACUGGUCAUUUUUUCAAGUAACUUUUUAAUUCAAGAGGUAAAAUGUGCAAUAAGUGCACGUAUGGACGUUUGGAGAUGAGGGUCACGGGUUUAUUUUUCUAAUAAUUUAUGAGCUCAUCUGAUUUUCUAAUGUGCCUUGGAUUUGUGCCAAAUGAUUGAAUGAAAAAACUAGUAAAAUGACUCUUGAAAAUGC